AUGUUUGCUCCUCUGCCUGAAGAUCGAUUCAAGGAUGCUUCUUGUUUUGAAGUCACUGGAAUAGAUCUGGCUGGACCAGUCUUCUUGAGAGAUGGAAGCAAAUCAUGGAUAGUUUUAUUUACCUGUUCAGUUAACUGGGAUCAAGUUGUUACUGAUGGAGCUGUGAGUAGAAUCAUCUGGAAAUUUAUACCUCCAUCUUCACCCUGGUGGGGAGGAUGGUGGGAACGUCUUAUCGCUCUUGUUAAAGAUCUUUUUAAAAGAGUAUUGGGUAAAGCAAGCUUGAAGUAUGAAGAGUUAAAUCCCCUAUUGUGUGAAUGUGAAAGCAUUAUUAACUCUAGGCCUAUCACGUACGUGUCAGAUGACAAUGAACUUGAACACUUAACACCGUCUAUGUUUAUGAGAGACUUAAUGGAAUGGGGUGUACCUGAUCUUGAUAAUUUGGAAUCUACCAGUCUUCAAAAGAUACACAUGUAUCGGUUGAAACUUCGUGAAGACCUACGUAAACGUUUUAGACUGGAGUAUCUAGGGCAUUUGAGACAGAAUACGAAUAAAAUUAGAAAGGCUGAUGGUAAUAAGGUGGGAGAAAUAGUUCUCAUUGAAAAUAAAAAUCUAAAAAGACUCUACUGGCAUUUAUGA